CAGGUGCAGAACAGAACGCUCAGUUGAUCAGCUGUUGUUGCUUGAAUCACAACAGCAACUUCAACCAAGUUUCUUUCCACUAAGUGCCAAAUAUCUUGCUAUUUAUAACAUAAAGUAUCUUUCACCAAGUGCAAUUUAGGAUCCUACGACCUUUUAAAGAAUCAAGAGGAAAAUGCUGAACAGCCUAGCCUCAUACCUCUUCGGCUACCAGGAGCCUUCCCCUGCGCAAGCCAUCGACUCGGCGGCACAGAGACUGAGUGCCGAGCCUGAUCUGCCUUCUGCCCGGCAGACGAGCAGUUCUGCUGAAAGCGACGAGGAUGACUGGCUUCUUGUGGAAGCCUCUGCGAUAGAGAACGAUGAGAACAUGAGUGCUGUGCGGAUAUCUAGGUCCGCGUCCCUCUCCUCAUUGCCCUGCCAACCCAUGGAGGAAAGCUGGUUCCUGACGCCCCCUCCAUGCUUCACCUCCACUGCUCCAAGUGGCCUAGAGACUAGUCCCUUGGAGAAUCUUCUAAUAGAGCACCCCAGCAUGUCGGUGUACCACGGGCGGGUGAGAGCUCGGUCUGCCUCCCCACCCGCAGCCGCCCCAGCACCUACCCUCCCUCCCCAACCCCACCCGCGGCAGCCAUUGGCUGCUGUCACGGACCAACGAGCGCUGCAUGCCCUCGACAUCAAAGCUGCUGCCAAGUAUGUUUUACAGUACCAAAAGAAGCAGGUGGCGCAGCUGAUGAACCGUAACCAGUUAGAUCGGAGCAACAAAGUGCGGGAGGUGAACUCUCGUAGCCGCCGCCAACGGAGGUCCGAUCGGCAACAACAACAUUCCGGAGCCAACAACAAUCGCAAGUGUUGCUAGAGCGCCUUUCUCUCCCCUUCCCUCCCUGCCCAUUCUGAGGUUGCUCUGAUUAUGCUAAUGCAGCCGGUAGGUUACAAGAAACGGUGGGGAGUGAGUUUUGCUUGGAAAUGCAAUAAAAAGAACAAACACAAAAAAAUUUUUAAAAUACUAAAGAAAAUUUAAAAAAAUAUUAGUUUGUUUUAAACUGUAUAAGCAUUUUAAGUUUUGUUUGUAUUAAAAAUAAGAAAAGUCCAAAUAAAACAUUAGUUUAGACCAAAUAGUAUCAAGAAUAAAAAAUAAAUAAUGUUUAUUGAUUUCAAAAUCACAGUGACGGGAAUGGAAAUUAAUAUAAACUGAUCACAUAAAGAAGUGAAAGUGAGUUUAUUAUGUUUAUCAAAUAAUAUUUGUUAAAAAUCAUGUUUGGAUUCCUACAAUACUAAACUUGUAUUUUCCUCAUCAAUUCACUGAUUAUUAUUGUUGCAUAUAAUUAGAAUAAUUCAAUUCCAAUCAAUUUUGGAACCUAUAAAUAAACAUAACAUAUCUUCUUUAUGAAAAUAAUUAUAUUUUAAUCGGAUAAUAAACAUAAUAAUCUCUUGGCCUAUACUGUAACUUAAAUCAAAAUUAUUUAAAAUGUUACAUUGUUUUAGUAAUAAAAUAUUAAGUUAAUUUUGUCAUUUCCUAAGAUUAAACUGGUUUUUUAAUAGUUUUAUUUUAAUAAAUUAAUUAGACACUUCAACUGAAGCUAAGUAAAGAACCCUUACCUUAACUCUUAAUUUUGUUUAUCUAUUCACAAAGGUUUGGUUCCUUAGUUAUAGGGACAGAUAAUUUGCUUAUUUAUAAUUUCCUGCAAAGUCUUGCUCCCUAACCGAAUUACUUUACUGUUCAUAUUUUAUUUGCCAACAUAGUCAAUUUACAUUUUUUAUAAAGUUGACAUGUUAUCGCUAUAGUUUAUUUAUGUGGUACUACUGUCUUUCAUAAUUAGAUUCAUCGUAAGUCCGUCAAUACUGUAUUGUAUUUGUUUAUUAGAUUUUGUUUAUGUGCCUAAAGAACGGGUUGAAUUGUUAUCAUAUUUAAAGUUUAUCUACACAGUAGUAGACAGAAUGAAAUUGCUGAUAAAUUAUGCUAAUUAAUGUUUUUAAUGCCAAACAUUGAAUAAAUAAUACUUCAUUUUUAUUUAUUACAUCAAACUAAUUUAGUAAUGUUUGCUAAAUUGAACAGUUGGUACACCAUACACAUAUGGAAAUUCAUGAGAUAAUGUUUGAUGGAUCGCUACACAAAAAAGUGUUUAAACAGUGACAUUUUAUUAAUUCAAAUUCAUCCAUUUUGCUAAUAUACCUAAUAAUUGUGUUUUUGUGCUGCAUAAAAUGAGAAUUGUUUUAAUAGAAGCAGCUAAGCAUUUUCAUUCUGUCUAUUGCCAUUUGCCCUUGCCUGUGGUUAUAGAAUUGACAAGGUGUAUGUGAAUAAACAAGAUGUCCAUUGAUUAUUAUAUUCAUUAUUUAUGAAUAUUACAGUUCAAUACACGCUUAAACAUAUUUAUUUUAUGUUUGAUAAGAAAAUAGUACAAUAUCUUAUAAACCUUGUGAUUCUAUCAAUAUUAUUCAAAUUCUAUAUAUAAAACUCACAAUUAAUGAGUGAAUUGCUUUGGAAUUGUAAUUAGUAAUUUAAAAAAAAACUUUAUUUAGAAAAUCCCAAUUCUUAGAUAAGCUGUGGACAUUUUGUUAAAUUAACCUGCUAGUCAAGAAUGUUGGUCAAUCAAACCAGAUUGUUCAACAUUAGGCUUAAAAAUAUUUUGACUUCAAUAAACUUUUUUUAAUUGGAAUAUUGUAAAUAGAGAUUUUAUGAAUUUAUUUGCAAAUCAGUAUGAUAAAAUAAUUAAGUUAAAUAAAUUAGUUAAACUUAAAUAAAUAAGUUAAAAUAAGUUCUGAUUUUGUGUUAGGUUUAAGGAUUUUAACUCUCAUUUAAAUCUAUUGUUAGUUGUAUGUAGCAUGUAAGAGCUUAGAAUUACAGAGUCAAUAAGUAAAAAUAACGUUCUAAAGUUAAGUUAAUUACUAUCUGAUGUAAACAAAUGCUUAAAUUUGGAAAGCACAACACUAACUUGAUUGACCACUUUGUACUGUGGUAGGUUGUGCCCAUGUAAUGUUGAAUGUAAUCACUCAUAAGCACAAAAUAUAGUUAGCAUUAAGUUCUCAAGAGCAAAUCUAAUUGUAAACAAAUGCAAGCUUUUAUUUAUGGAAAAUUUUUUGGUUAUAUUAUAAAUGCAAAACUGUAAGAAGAGCAGAUCCUAUAGAAUAAAAUGUUGUCAUUUGUUUUGAACUUUUCCUGCACAUGAGAAACAUUUAGUUGUUAUCUGUAGACAAUGCUGUGGACCUACUUUCUCUCAAUUCCUUUUUGACCCUCUCUCCACCCUCUGUGGAAAUUUGUCUCUCAGUUUUUUGUGCUCUCUUUCACAGCAGUGUUUACUCCUCAGAGAGUAAGAACUAUCAGAUUUCAGACAUGUUCAUAAAAGUCCCUGAAUUUGUUGUGUGGGUGGGAUCGUACCUACUUAUAGUUUUGUAUUCAUUAACCAUACUAAGUAUUAGACUGUUUUAGUAUUCACUUCUUUUUGCCACUGAAAUCUGUGCUUGAUAAUAUUUAACAUUUCCAUAUCCAACUAUAGACAUUGUACAUAACUCAAUUAGUUUGUUACUUUAAUUACAGUAAUGUAUGCAAUAGAUGUACUAUAAUAGUACUAAAGAAACAUAUCGGAAAACUAAAUUGAGUAGUGAAAACGAGUUGGUGGAGAACCCAUCAGCUGUUGUUCACUGUUCAAUUUGGCUUUUAGCACUCCAAAUUCAGUGGGUGGAAAUCUAAUUUUUUACGAUUAAUCACAUGCAUGUUAUAUUUGGCUGCAUAGUAUUAUUGUUGUGUAUGUCGGCACUUGCGUAGAGUGCAUGUAUGUCUGUUUCUAUGUAAGGCAACUUAUGGCGCUAUAGAAUACAAACCAAAUAUUUCGAUCUCAAAAGAACAUAAUGGCAAAAUAUUGCAUAGAAUGGUGUGAGUCUAAUAUGUCUAAUGCAUGAAUGUCUUGACAGAUUUAGAUUGUAUUCAGUAUUAAGUUAAUAGUUACAGGGUGAUCUUUUGAAUGACUCAAGGCAGUGGUAGCUUGUUUAUUUGUUACAUAAUGACAGAUCUUUAUGAGUACAUAUAAAAAGUAGUUUGAUCUGUAAUGUAUUUAGAGAAGACUCUCGGUUGCAUUUUUAUAAUUGGCUGAAGAAAUUUAAAAGUCUGAAAAAUAAAUAUGGCAGUGAUCUUCUGUUGUUCCCUGCAUGACUGCCUACGUUUUCCCUCUGGGUGAACUAUACAAAUAGCCAAUGUUAGAUGUUACAAAAUUGUAUUCAUAUGAAGUUUUAUGCCACAUGAGUAUUGGCAUACUAGAAUGUUUUCUGUAUGUGGUUCAAUUGGGUUUGUUGUUAAUCACUAAUAAAUAAAAACCUAAACAAUGACAACUUACACUUACCUUCCCUAUGUAUGCAAAGAAAUUAAUUAACAAUAUUUGUGUAAAGCAGUAAAAGCAGUUAGAAACUUACCCAAUUAGAAAACACAGGGUCUAACUCUAUUGUAAUUCUCUGUAUAUGAGUUCAAUAUCCAUAUCUCCAUAGCUCGAUGAUAAUGGAUUGAUGGUUUGAUAAUAUAGCCUUAUUACUGAAGGUCUUCUCAAUCAUUUAACAAAUAAUUGGUAAAUAUGUUUUGAUUAUAUAAAAUUAAAAUUUUAACAAAUUUUGAUGAAGUUCUAUUUUUAUUUAUUUUUAAUAGUCUCUGUUACCAUAAUCACAUAAUGAAUUCAUUUUACAACAAACACUGUCUUGAUACUGUUCACUGCCCAUUACUAGUUAUAAAGACAUUCAAUGUAAAAAUCCUGAACUAUAAUGGUUCAUUGUACAUGCUGAGGGAAAUGGUGUUUGGUAUACUGACGGAAGUAACUUUUUUUAAAAAAGGUUAUUUGACACGUAUAGAAAAUUUUAUUUAUUUAUUUAUGACCAAGGGUGUAAAUUUAACAGUACCUCCUUAAAUGGUUAUCAACCUCAAUAAUAUAAUUGUGCUUGAUUAUUUUAAUUUUGCUGACAAUUGUUUGAAAUUAUUUGUACACAAUUAAUAUUUUAAAGUCAAAUAUACUGUGAAUAAGAAUCAACAAUAUUUCCUAAAUUAACACCGCUUUCCCGAAGUAGUGAUUUUGGGCAUUUUACUUUAAAUAAAAUUGCAAUAAUAUACAAGUUAACGUAAGAAACACCAAAGUACAAAUACACCUGUAAGCAAACAUUUGAUCGCGCCAUGCCAGGUCGAUCUGUCCAAUCAUGCCAUCUCUGUCUAUCAGUGGUGUGAUAAUACAUUGUACACUACGAUAAGUCACUGUGUUGUCUAUAUAUUUAUUUUACUGUAAAUAGAGAGAACUUAGUUUGUAACCCAAAAACAAAAAUAAAAUGUUUUAAAUGAAAUAAAAAUAUGUUGGACUUUAA